AUGGCUACGCCAUCUUCUGCCGAUGUUUCGUCGUCUGCUGCAGGUUCUUCUUCACACCCUCCAUGCAGGUUGGGUUUCGGCGGUUUCUUGCAGUAUCGCCCUCCUAUUGGCAGCCCAGAAGCCGAGGUACUUCGUAGGGAGCCUGAGCAGCAUUUGAGUGUUCUCAACAUUUCGAUGAAUAGGAGAUUGGAGGCCCGUGGUGGAGGCCGGGAGGUGCAUAAGUGGUUCUUGGCAUUACCGGAGCCAGCUCGAGAGUUGGUGCGUGCUGUAGGUUUUGAGAUGUUUAUUCUGGGUCUCAAUCUUCUGAAGAUUGAUUGGUCGCUGAUGACUUUACUGGUUAAGAGGUGGUGGGACACCACCAAUACAUUUCAUAUCCCAUCUGCCGGUGAGAUGAUGAUCACACUAGGUGACUUUUCUUUACUGACCGGCCUGCGAGUAAGUAGAGCUCCUCUUCUGGUUGACCCCAGGCUUUGGGAGCGGAUAGGGGCUUUGGAGUGGUUUUUGGGCAAGGUGCCUCCUCUUCACUCGCGUGGUCAUGUUGACAUCUAUUGGCUGAGCAAGACUUUUAUGAAGACUGAUAUUUUGGCUCAGGUGAGUGUUGAGCAAUUUGCACGAGCCUUUCUUCUCUAUCUUCUUGGUCAGACCUUGUUUGCCAACAAGGAUAGCUUGGUGCACACACAAUUCUUGGCCCCUUUGCAGCUUUUGGAGGCUGUUUGGGAGUUUGAUUGGGGAGCACCUGCUUUGGCUACCUUAUAUAGCAAUCUUGGAGCUUGUUCACGGGAUAAGAGUCCCAUCCUUGGCAGUCACUAUUGGGUGCUUGAGCUCUGGGCUUUCAAGCAUCUCCUUCAGUUUCCAACGGAGACUAAGCAUGAGGAUGUGAGCUGCAUUCCUCACUACGAGCGAUGGUUGGCGGGGCAACGGAAGCCACGGUCGCCAAUUUUGAGCCUUCUUGAGUGGUGGCGAGUCUUGGACCGAUUGAUGGUUAAUCAGGUACGGUUUGACCCUUGGGGUGGUGUACCAGAGGAUGCCCCUCUUAUGCGUUCCAGGGUACCUGCUGAGGUAGUACAGGAGUGGUUGCAUGCUUAUCAGAGUGCAGAGGCUUUGGUUCAAAGACAAUGUCGUCGGAUCCUCGAGCUGGAGGCCGAGCGAGUACCAGCUACUUGUGGGGAGGAUGCGGGAGCUAGUGAGCGGUCCUUGACUCAAAGAUCGUCUCAGAGACGCCAUCACGACUAG